AUGUCGACUUCCGAGGCUAUGACGGUCUCGUCGAAGCGACGACUCUUUCAGGACGUCGAGUUCACAGCCAUGAGCAGUCUGGCGCCGUUAGUGAAAAUAUUCACCUCGUCCAAUCGAGCUGUUCGUCUCAUUUGGACCGUCUUCUCUGUCUGUAUGGCCGUCCUGCUCAUCAUUCUGCUCUCUUUGGUGGUGCUCAAAUACCUCAGUCACUCUACGGUGUUACGGCUCGACCAACUCACCUUGGUCGACGGUCAGCAACCGCCAGCCGUCACUUUGUGCCUCGGUGAACACAUAGUCGCGUUGGAUUCCCACAGACGCGACACAACAGCCUCCUCCGGGGCCGGACGAGACGCCGUCUCGAGCUCAUCUUUCUCCACUCCCAACAUAGUUCGCGGCGUCUCGUUGCCCUGCCAACAGUCGGAUGACAGCGUCGUCUGGGUCUCCAGUCGGGACGCCGUUUCGCCCUACUACAACCACACCGGCGUGCCAUUUCAGGUCACCAUGUUGACGACACCACCGUCCAUCUUCUCUUUGGACGUGAUUGAACAAGUGCCUAAACCGCCAAAUUUGGUCUGCACAACGUUUCAACUCAACGCCAACUGCAAACCCACCAAAUUCUGGAAGAUGGUACGAGUCCCGUUUGUGCGCUCUAUUUGGCUUUGUCAAUUGAUCGCGCCGGCGACUAAACGCCGGGUUGUGACUGUUGGCGUGGGCAACCCUGAUCCAUCUGUGCUGAUCUCUCCUACCGACCGGGUUGACAAAUAG